UAUUAUAAUAUGGAGGCUGACAAGUAACGAAACAACGUAUUCAAAGUUAAAGAAUUGCAAAAUUCAAAACAUUGAAUCUACUUAAGAGUUGACCUUACAAAUGAAAAGUCCAAAAAUGUUUUAAAGAAUGGAUGAAAGCAAUAACAACGAUUUGACAUCCCUCGUGAAUGGAAAUAUUGACUUGCCAAAUUGUAACUCCGAAUCCUCCCCAUCAGCUGAAGUAAGACCGGAAGUAAACACUGUGGAACAAAUUGAUGAAAAUAAAAGUGACUGCGUGGAUAAUGCGUCAGAGCAAUUACCUGCAGUAUCAGAAGAUGAUGUAAACUCACAGUCAAAGCGAAACGCUGAGAAAAAGGACCGUAAAGUCAAAUUCCCUACUGAUUCACAAAUUGUGGAAAGCUACCUUGACCCUCCGGAUCCUUGGAAAAAUGUUCCAGAAUGGAGAACAGAAGACUUGUUAAAUGCGUACAAAAGUAGUUGUGAGCGCCAUGGGACUAAGCCAUUGAAUAAAAUACUCAAACAGUUACAGUGCAUAGAAAAUGUUGGCGAGAGGUAUGAAAUCCUGAGUCUUAAAGGUGAGCGUCUGGACCUGCGGCAGUGUGAGAGUCUCGAGGACAUUCUCAAGCAUGUUCGGUUCCGCUGCAUCGAUCUCGAGGCAACACACCUUGAUGAUGAGAUGGCUGUUGCACUUUUCGAAAUGAUUGAAUACUACGAGUCAGCAUGCAAGCUCAAUAUAUCGUUCAACAAGGGUAUAGGACCCAGAGGGUGGCAGUCUUGCUCCAAGCUGGUUAGAAAGACUCCUUGUUUGAUAUUUAUUGAUGCUCGCAAUUGUGACCUCAAUGAGAGAGUGAUUCCAAUAUUUGGACGUGCACUUCGAAUGGGCUGCUUCCUCCAGAGGCUUCAACUCCAGAGUGCAAACAUCGCAGGAAGAGCUCUCAUUAUCCUAGUGGCAGCCUUACGGAUGAACGACACACUGAAGGAGCUGUUUAUAGGGGAUAACAAGUUUGUGGCGACAGACGGCAUACAGAUUGGCAACCUUCUGAAGUACAAUCACAAACUGGAGUUGCUGGACUUGAGAAACAAUCACCUUCAGGAUGUGGGCAUUGGUCACAUCUGUGAUGGGCUAGCAGAGCAGUGCCUCGACUCCGGUCUACUGACUCUGGUCCUCUGGAAUAAUGGUAUCACCUUCCAGGGAAUGGCUGCCAUCAACAAGGCCCUUACUACAGCAGUUCAUUUGGAGACAUUAAAUCUGGGCCACAAUCCAAUCACAAACGAGGGCAUCUACAUUCUCAAGGAUGGUCUCCUUAAAUCCAAGGGGCUUCUAAAGCUUGGCUUGUCUGGCACAAGGAUCUCAUGUGAAGGGGCUGUGGCAUUAGCAGAGGUAAUAGCUGACAAUACAAAACUCAUCCGAGUGGAUCUACAGGAGAAUGAUGUGAAAACAGCAGGGCUGAUGGCUUUGUCCUUGGCCCUUAAGGUCAACCAAAACAUCACACGCCUCGACAUCGACAGGGAUACUAAAAAGGAAUCGGGUGUCAAGGACUUUGCAGAGCAGCAGAGGAGGCUGCAGCGAGACAUUGCCAACUAUCUGGAGACCAACCGAGACUGCGCUCGUAAGCUCGAUGAGGAGAGACGUAUUUUGGAAGAAAAGAACAGAGAGAAUGCUCGAAAACUGGUGGAGGCGGCAGAGGAUGAAGUGUUGUCACAUUUAGAAGAUUCUGGUAGCUACAUUCCAUCAGGGGACUCUAUCCAUCGGCCCAAGUUACUGUUCCUGCCUCAGAUGUGCCCCGAACAUGAUUUAGAUUCUCCAGUGCUUGGUGACCAGUUUAUCUUUGAAUCGGCAGCGAAUUUAGCAUCUGAACCGUUGACACUCAACAUUCCCACAGGUUCAGACCUACUGAGUCCUCAGUACUGUCCCAAUCCAAAGGCUACUGCCAAGAAGAUAUUCUCUGUUACAAAAGUUGUGAGCACCUCUGGCAUGUCGCAACAUUCAGAUACCUCGUCUAGUCUCAUGAGUGGAUUAAAAUUUCAAAAUUUGGGCUCAACCCCAAGCAGUGUUAUAAAUUCACCAACUCAGGUCCACCCUCCAAUUGGUAGAAUGGGGGAGACAGACAUAAUGCCGGUUUUGCCCCACUUAUGUGCCCCAUUGCCAUCUGUGAAUAUUGAGAACCUGAAUGCUCCCAUUCCAAUCACUGUGGACUUGACAAACACGAGUCCAAAUGCCUUGCAGAAGGUGUUAGAGGACCACACUUUGGUGUCGUACAUUGAACAAAUUGUGAAUAGUGCUCCGGUAUUGUAUGAACCAAGUUCAUCUGUUGAAAAUUCACAGAUUUUAACCUUAGAAACUUUACCCAAAAAGGAGUCUACCAAUGGUAUAGAGAGUGUUCCAGAAGGUAAUGGUUUGUCAGAUAAUUGCAAUAACCUCAAUAAUACUAGCUCAGUUCCUGAUAUCUGUGAUGUCAACAAAACACCAAGUGAUGUGCAACCUUCUGAAACUCUUUGUGAUAAAUCUGAAAGUGAUAGGUGUGAAGUUAGCAAAUGUGAUACUGUGGGGCAAGAAGGUGAAACAGACAUUAUGACUGUUGAGUGUGUUAGACAAUGUGAUACUACGGGACAAGAAAAUGAAGAAAACAUUGUGGCUGUUGAGUGCAAAAAGGUAGUGGGCACUUUAGAUACAGGUGCAAGUGGAGAUAGUACUUUCAUUCCUGAUGACAAUUUUGAUGUAACUGACAUUGAGGUGGUAGAUAAUGAGGGCAAUCAAUGUGAUAUGGAAGAUAUGGAUAUUGUUUCUUCAACAGAGACUGAAAGGGAAAACAAAAAUACUCCCCAUUCUUUUGAAUCUAAUGGUUUUUGCUCUGAUUUAAUACAGGAAGAACCAGUUAAAAUAGCAAAACCAGAUGUUGACGAUGGAAAUAAUUCGAGUUCAUAUAAUGGAGAUGAGUGUUUUACUUCUAGUCUUACUACAGUUCCAAAUUCUGUUUGUGGUUCUGAACAAUUUUCAAUGAACAAUGACAUUGAACUCUUUGAGAAUUUCGAAGAGGAUAACAUUUUGAAUGGGGACUUCAUUGAUUGUUCAGGAAAUGGUCUAAACGAUGACAGCCAAAACGGUGAAACUACAGAGGAAAUCACUAUAGACACAAAUGUUGGUGAUACUGAACCUUGGAAUUCCUUAAAUGAGUCUGACUUUACUGAAGGAAGCGGCCUGGGUGUGGAUAUACCAGCUUCAGUGGUUAAACCAGACUUCCACUCCAAUCUGUCUUUCAAUGGCUUGAAGCAAGAGCUUGCAAGCCUUAUUGAUGAGGAGACCUCCAUUAUUGGCAAUGGUUCUGUGAAAACUGUCAAAACCAGAGAAUGUGAGCCCAACAGCCACUAUGGCAAUGAUAACAACAAGGACUCACCAGACAGCAAAGACAUAACAUCCAAUGAUGAUGCCGAGUCCUGAUAUUCUGAAUGGAUGUGCAGACGAUCAACAUGUAUUAUGCAACAAAUCCAGCAAGCUCCUUGAUAUUCUGCACACUAUGUUUGUUAUAGCAAGGAAAUAUCAAACUGAUUAUUAGGAACAUAAGUACCAUAUAAAGAAAGCCAUCCAAUGAUACAUGCAGUCUGUCUACGGUCACUGAAUAGUUUUAAUUGAAUUUUGAAGAAGUACAAUUUAAUUGCCAGUUAUAAAGAAAUUUAAAACAGUGCCAUGCGAGAAAAUGUGGAAUUAUGCCUAUUUUUAAGUACUUUCCUGAUGUGUAGUUAGUCCUUUUGUGUCAAAGCAUUUAAGUGAACUAUCAAAGAUAUCAGAUCUAUAAGAUCAAAGACUGAACGAUUGAUUAGUUUAUAUGGAAGCAUUUAUCCAUUAGCUUAAGGUGGAUUUAUUGUUGUUAAAGCAAUUACUUGUAAGGACUGCACCUAUCUACUGUAAACUUACAUGUAAAGGCAUUUUCUCGCAAAUGCAUCAGCACUGUUUUAUAGGUUUUAUUUUGUAGUUCAAUGCGAGAUUGCUUCCCAAAAACUUCAGUCAUUUUAUGAGCCAAGUAUGUUAUAUAUUUGUUAAGAUCAGUUGAAGUAAAAAGUUUCCUAGCGGUUGUAAACUUACCAAAGUGUGAAAAAAAAACAGGUUUAAAGUUUUGAUAUUAGGUUUUGAAUCAGAUUCAGAAUGGGUUGUGGUUAAAGCAUGGCUAUGUUGUGAAAAGUGUUUGUCUUUGAAAUAACCUUAUUACUGCCCUCAAGAAAGAAAACUGAUUUGUUUCUAAUUGCUUUCAUUCUGUUUUGAUUCUGUAUUCCUGUUUUUUGUCUCUAUAACUUUUAGAUCAUACCACUAAAGCAGAAGAGCAGGUGCUCCUUCCAUUUUAUUUCUCACCCUUAAAAAAUAUCUGGUUCUCCCUUUCAUUUUUUUUGCCCUUAACCGUAUUCUUUAAACAAAGUCCCACCCUUGUUGUCCCUUUAUCAGUUGUCAAUAAAUUUCUUUAAAAUACAGACACACCAACAGGUUUUAUUUGCUAUUGAUGAUUUUAUAUAGUAACAAACAUAAUUACUUGCUAUUAGCAUUGUUAAUAUUUUUGUUAAGGAACACAUCUCAUGGUAAGUAUGCUUAAUUGAUGCUUGAAUAUAGCUAUACAUGUAUGUAAUUAUGUGAAAACAGCACAAUUAACCCAUUUAUGCCUAGUGGACUCUCCCAUCCUUCUAAAUUGGAUCAAGUUAUAUCCAAAAUUAGGGAUGUCUAGAAGAGGUAGCCUAUCCCUUUUUCAGGCUUCCAUGGUCAUUUGUUUAUUGUGGCCAAAUUCCUAAUCUACUGUCUAUGAUUUUAUGUACAUGAACUGCUUGAAUGAUGGCAAGAAAAUAUGGUUUUUAUAAUUAAAUUGUAGCAUUCAGCAUGUGUGUUAUGUAUGUAUUGAGGUUAAAUUAGUUUGUAUUGUUUCUGCACAAACAUGUUCUGUUUAAAUAUCAUUUCACCAUUAUGCAUUCCUAAUGAUUUGAUUAUCACUCUAUUAAUUGACAUGUAAAAAACGUUUGCACCAGCAUCAAAGAUUCUUACUUGCGAAUCAUAUUAUGCAUUUUGAGUUUUAAAAAGCUUCAUAAUUACAAUAUACAGCUUAAUUUUACUAUGAGUGCUAGUGUCCCUUGCAUAUUGUUAACAAAUAGUAAGACGUGCAAGUGUUUCUUUUUAGCAAUUUAUAAAAUUGUAACUUAUAAAAUUAUUUUUGGAAUGUUCAAGUAGUAUGCAUAGUGAGGAAAGUGCUGAAUUAAAAACAUUCAUUUUUGUCCAGGUUUUUAACAACAUAAAUUAUACAUAUAUAAUGAAGUGGAAUGGAAUCAAAAACAAGGAUAAUACUUAAUAGUUGAUCUUUUCACUUAAGCCAACAUAACUUGGCCUUGUGAAAUACCGGUAAUUUUCCCUGAAAAUGUGCGAAUGAUUCUGAAAUAUAAUCGCUAUUGUCAAUACUUACAUACAAAAAAUACAUGUAACUAAGUAUGGAAUGUAGAUAUGAAUCAUUCUUUUGCAUAUAAAGAUAUACUAAUGUGGUUUAAAUCGAUAAAAAAAGCUACUUGGCUUGUAUUUAUGAUUCUGUGUGUGGUAAGAGAUUAUUAAGACAUUCUCACAGCUAAAACAAAUGUAUCUAUUGGUUGUUUGGUGCAUUAAUGUCAUUAUUUUUUUAACAACAACUAUGUAUGAUGUAACAAUUUUUAUUUUUAGGGCAUUUGUUGACAUGAUUGUAUAUGAACACUAAAUAUCCUGUAAAUUUGUUUAAUUCAGCUGAUUUAAAUGUAAUUGAACUCAAAGGGUUGUAAUUGAAAUGGUUGGUUGCUUUUUGUGAGAUAAAAAAUAUUAUUACGGUUAGAUAUAUUUAGCUUUACAUUAUAGUUAUUUAUAUAUUAUUAUAUAUAUUGUGCAAUAAGUUAUUUGUAUUGCAUUUGAAGCACUCAUUGAUAACCUACACAUGCUAAGAUUGAUAGAAACCUUGUUGGCAAUGAAAAAAAAAGACUUAAACAACAACAUUGGAUAUAUUUAUGCCCCCCUUUGAAGAAGAGGGGGUAUAUUGUUUUGCACAUGUCGGUCGGUCCGUCAGUAUGUCUAUCCGUAUGUCCGUCCGUCCACCAGAUGGUUUCCGGAUGAUAACUCAAGAACGCUUACGCCUAGGAUCAUGAAACUUCAUAGGUACAUUGAUCAUGACUGGCAGAUGACCCCUAUUUAUUUUGAGGUCACUAGGUCAAGGGUCAAGGUCACAGUGACUCAUUCUUGGAUGCAGUUUAGGACCAUAUUUGCAGAUAAUAUUGUGUACUGGUGUUGUGGGGUCUCCAUCCCCACAAGAUAGUUUCUGGAUGAUUACUCAAGAACGCUUACGCCUAGAAUCAUGAAACUUCAUAGGUACAUUGAUCAUGACUGGCAGAUGACCCCUAUUGAUUUUGAGAUCAUUAGGUCAAAGGUCAAGGUCACAAUGACUCGUUCUUGCAUGCAGUUUAGGACCUUAUUUGCAGAUUAUGUUAUGUACUGGUGUCGUGGGGUCUCCGUCUCCACCAGAUGGUUUCAGGAUGAUAACUCAAGAACGCUUACGCCUAGUUCAUUCAUGAUCCUGUGGACAAUAUGUAGAAAGUUGCUUGUAAGAUUUGUUAAUUGUAGCAAUUGUUUUUUUAUUGUUAUCAAACUUUCCUCACACUGUACAUUCAAUGCAUUUUAACUUCCACUUGUUACACUACUAAAUUAUUGCAGAAAUGUGAUAAUGAAGUCAAAAGAAAGGAUUGUUUGAAGAUAUCUUCAGUUUGUUGAAAAACAUGGCCACCAGAGCACUGGGCAGUUUUCCUUAUAUGGCUUUAGUGAAACCUAAACAACCUAGUAGAAGUCAAAUUUAUGGUCCAAUCUUCAAAUUUGCUCCGAACAUUUGUUCUAAUGAUAGUUUUGCCGAGUUCCAAAAUGGUUCUGGUUCCUUGGAAAAUAUGGCCGCCAGAGGGCAGUUCAGUUUUCCUUAUUUGGCUUUUGUUAAACAUUGUUAACACUCUUGAAGUCACAUUUUUUGUGGUCCAAUCUACAUGAAACUUUGUCAGAACAUUUGUUUUAAUGAUUUCUGGGCCAAGUUCAAAAAUGGUUACGGACCGUUGAAAACCUUGGCUAUAGUGAAACCUUGUUAUAGAAUUAAUUUCCACAUUUGUUGGCCAAUUUUCAAGAAACUUGUUAAAGCAUUUGUCACAAUCAAAUCUCUGCUGAGUUUGUAACUGGGUAAUGUGAGCUCAAAAAAUAGGGCACUAAGUUUAAUAAAAUAAGCAUAUAGUUUAUACUCUAGAAAUCACUUUCGUUAUCUAAUCAUCAUGAACAUCAGUAAUAAAACUUGUUCUAGCAAUAUCUCAGCCAUGUAUAAAAUAAACUUGGGCCUAGAAAUUAAAUAGUUAUAUUUCAUGAAGUACUUGCAUUGUUUUCAUCUUUACCCUCUUAGAAUAGUUUUGUUCCUUAGGGUCUCAGGUGAAGGCCUUAGGAGUCCAUGGCCAUCUUUGUUUUGAUGUUUUCAGAAAAAAAAGUGAAAACAUAAGUCUGGACCUCGAAACAACUCCAAACGUAUCUAAGCUUAUUCCAUAUUAAACUCUUUGUCAACUGCUGUCUUAUCUGUGACAAAGCUCUCGUUACUACAUGCUUGCUCUAUAAUGAUACAAAUAACAGUGAGUGAUCUCACUGUAGGUCUUUUAGGUUGAUAAAAUCAAUCUAUAUCUGAUGAAUUUAUUCCUGUAGAAAAUAAGGCAAUUUGUAUAUUUGAGUUAAUAACUGUGCGAGUGUUUUACUAAAGAUACUUAAGAUAAGAAACAGUAUAUAUGCAAUUUUUCAACAUAGUGCUCUUGUUUAAUUUGUUUUAUUUUCAAUAUAGCCAGCUGUAUGAUUUCCUGAGCAAUAUUGUUCCCUUUGCUUGCCCAUAUCUGGAAACAUGUAAAAAAUUGAACAGUUUAAACAAAAUGUUUAGCUGUCAUAAUGAAAUCCAUAAAAAUAAAUGUUGCAUAUUGAGUACCUUAAAAUAUAUUAAAUAAAAAACACAAUGUUCAAUAAAUCAUGAAUGUGAUCGAUACAGUGAAAUCUGUCUAAACCAAACCUUGUUGAAACCAAAUACCUGUGAAAACCAAACAGCUGUUUUGGUCCCCUUUUUAAAACUUUUUUGUAUAAAAAUAAAAAAUAAAAACAUUAAACUUGUUAACAAUUCUUGAGCAACUAGCUCCAAAUGCAUUCUGUAUUCAUGAGUUGUCAUUUACUCUCACGUGCACAUGAUGCUGUAUGCAUGAAUUGUUGAUAAAUUUGCUAGUGGUUUUAACAUAAAACUUUGCACCAAUGCAUAUUUAUUGUGGGGUACCACAUGUGGGUUGUUAAGUGUUUAUUUUAUGCAAAAUGUUGUAGGUAAAUGUGUAUAUGAGCUGCACUCUGUGAAAGGGGGUUUGAUGCAUGUGGGAAGUGUCGUCUCAGAUUAACUUGUGCAGUCCGCACAGGCUAAUCAGGGACCACAAUUUCCGCCUAAAAUGGAUUUUUGCUAAAAAGAGACAUUUUUUGAAAGAAAAAAUUAUCAUAAAAGUGUUGUCCCUGUUAAGCCUUGCAGAUUGUGCAGUCCGCACAGGCUAAUCAGGGACCACAAUUUCCGCCUAAAAUGGAUUUUUGCUAAAAAAAGACAUUUUUUGAAAGAAAAAAUUAUCAUAAAACUGUUGUCCCUGUUAAGCCUUGCAGAUUGCGCAGGCUAAUCUGAGAUGACACUGAACACACAUGCAUAAAAAAAGCCUUUUCACAGAGCACAACACAUGUUUUAUCUAAUUGGACCAAUCCCAGGCUGUAUAUUUUUAGUUAGUGCAUGGAUCUGAAUGUGGCUUGAUAAUGUUGAUUUGUUUUCACUGUUUUAUUAAGGUUGUCUAUGAUAAACAAUAAAUAAUGUUUUUUUUUAAA